AUGGCAGCAAAAUACCAUCAGCUACACGACGAAGACCGCCCGAGACAAAAACAGCAGUUGGUCAUUCCACUCCUCCUCUUCAUCAUUGCCAUUCUUUCCAUCGUCCUUGUGGUGGUUUCAAUCUCUUUCACUGCACCAUCCAAUACCCCCCACACAUGCGGGCAUACCCGUACAGAAGCCCUCGCCCGCGGCUGCACCUGGGAUCAUCUCGUCAAAGCCUGGCUGCCGGCCGACUGUCCCCGCGUCGGCGAGAGGGAAUACCUCGCAGCGGCGAACAACACCGGAUGGAUCUUUUAUGACGACCCCAACACCAGGCAUCCGAUCGCCGAUAUUGCGCUCUAUGCGCCGCUGGACGAAUACGAGGCCGGCUUGGGCCGUGAGUUCAAGCUGUGGUAUACAACCGAGGGCGAGCAUCUCACGCACUGUGCAUAUAUGCUGAAACGGCUGGCCUACAGCGUGUCGAACCAGGCGCGGAUUGAUGAUCUCUCCCUCUCGUAUCCACAUUCUGUGCAUUGUCUGGAAUAUCUCCUGCGACAGGCCCGCUAUUCGCCUACAUGGGAUAACCUGACCACCGUGGGCAAUUCAUGGGUGGGAAGAUGUUGA